UUUGCAGAGCUUCAGUCACAUCGUCUGUUAAGGAACUUAUUUACUCAGCAGGACGCGAGUGGUUCGAGGACUGCAUUGGAAGUAUUGUUGAGUACAGAAUAAAAUGGCAGACCAACACACUCCUUUCCCCAGAGCAGGAAGAGACCCAGAUAUUAUCCAGGUAACUAGCCUUGGGACGUGCUCUGAAAGAACGGUGGAGAAGGUCCUAGAUGAGGAGAUGCCCAGCUCAGAUACGCAAUGCCAGAAAUUCAGGGAAUUCUCCUCCAAGGAGGCUAAUGGUCCUCGAGAGGUUUGUACUCGACUCCACCACCUUUGCCGUCAGUGGCUCAAGCCAGAGCGACACACAAAGGCUCAGAUCCUGGACCUGGUCAUCUUGGAGCAGUUCCUGGCCAUCCUCCCCCUGGAGAUGUCGAGCUGGGUGAGAGAAUGUGGAGCCGAGACCACUUCCCAAGCGGUGUCGCUGGCAGAAGGUUUCCUGGAUCUGAGUCAGGCAGAAGAGAGAAAGCAGGAAGAUCUAGAGAUGGGAAAUCUCUCUGUAGAAGAUCAGUCUGAUUUCCCCAGAGCAGAGGAAUCUCAGUUUGACACCAGACAGGAUUCUCAGCAGGAAGAGAUCACUCAAGGGAACGAAGGAGGUGUCAGCUUUAUAGGUGAGGCUUUGGGCUAGAAAGGCGUGUUUUUCCCCCCUGUGGGAAAUGUUUAUUCCGUGACU